CCGUCCGGCAUGAGGGGUUGGGGUGUUGCUGUCACCUCCUGCUCGCUCAAGCACCAUGGAACGCCUGCGGAGCCUGAGCCGGCUCCUGCCCCGGCGCACGCUGUGCGCUCUGGCCCAGGGCCUGACGCCUGGGGCGCGCCCAGUUGCCGCCUGCGGCCGCGCGGCCCACAUCCUCGGGCGGAGCCGGGCCGCGCCGCUGUGCGGGCCCCGCCGGCCCCCAGUGGCAGGUGAAAUGCACCGGUUUAGAACUUCUGAUGUCUCUCAAGCCACUUUAGCCAGCGUAGCCCCGGUGUUUACUGUGACAAAAUUUGACAAAGAUGGAAACGUUACUUCUUUUGAAAAGAAGAAAACUGACUUAUAUCAAGAAUUAGGUCUUCAAGCCAGAGAUUUGAGGUUUCAGCAUGUGAUGAGCAUCACAACAAGAAACAAUAGAAUUAUCAUGAGAAUGGAGUAUUUGAAAGCUGUGAUAACUCCAGAGUGUCUUCUGAUACUAGAUUAUCGGAAUUUAAAUUUAGAGCAAUGGCUAUUCCGGGAACUCCCCUCACAGUUGGCUGGAGAAGGACAACUUGUCACAUACCCUUUACCUUUUGAGUUCAGGGCUAUAGAAGCACUCCUACAAUAUUGGAUCAGCACUCUUCAGGGGAAACUUAGCGUUUUGCAACCACUGAUCCUUGAGACAUUGGAAGCUUUAGUGGAUCCCAAACAUUCCUCUGUAGACAGAAGCAAACUGCACAUCUUGCUACAAAAUGGCAAAAGUCUGUCAGAGUUGGAAACCGAUAUCAAAAUUUUCAAAGAGUCCAUUUUGGAGAUCUUGGAUGAAGAAGAGAGGCUGGAGGAGCUCUGUCUAACAAAGUGGAGUGACCCACAAGUCUUUGAAAAGAGCAGUGCAGGAAUCGACCAUGCAGAAGAGAUGGAAUUGCUGUUGGAAAACUACUACCGAUUAGCUGAGGAUCUUUCCAAUGCAGCUCGGGAACUCAGGGCACUGAUUGAUGAUUCACAGAGUAUCAUAUUCAUCAAUCUGGACAGCCACCGUAAUGUGAUGAUGAGGCUGAACCUGCAGUUGACCAUGGGAACCUUCUCUCUUUCACUCUUUGGACUAAUGGGAGUUGCUUUUGGGAUGAAUCUAGAAUCUUCUCUUGAAGAGGACCAUAGGGUGUUUUGGCUGAUUACAGGAAUUAUGUUUAUGGGAAGUGGCCUCAUCUGGAGGCGUCUGCUGUCAUUCCUCGGACGACAGCUCGAAGCUCCUUUGCCUCCUGUGAUGGCCUCUUUACCCAAAAAAACCCUUCAGGCAGACAGAAGCAUGGAAAUGAAACACAGCUUCCGGCCAGAUGGACCCGGAUCAAGCAGGAGUGUCCUGACAACCCGGUAGAGACUGGACUAUUUUUUUAUAGUAGUCACGAGAAACUUCUGAUACCUUUAUUUUCUUUUAUAGAAUCAGAGACUUGAAAAAAAUCACUGAUACUUAAAUUAUAAUGUCUGAUAAAAAUAUUAGGGCACUCACAGUACUGGAACUUAAUUGCAAAGUACUUGCUUUGUAAAAGGCCAAAAUUCUAUCUUCCACAAACUGAAAAGGCUGUUUUUAGAGACAUGAUGUGAGGCAUGGAGAGACUGAUUUAUACAUAUCCAAAAAGUACAGCCUCACGCCAAGCAAAGCCUGAAAACUUGAUGAACCCGUGUGAUGAGACCAGGUAGCAGCUCUUAGGAAGUUCCCAAGAACAAGAUUCCCUGUGCUGACUCUCAGGUGACUGGAAAGGUAGGAAAAUCUAUAUUAACCUCAAAACACACUUGGAAAGUUUGUGCUUUAAAUCACUUUUCUUGAAUUUGCCUCCUUUUUAUAUAAGGCAAAUAAAAAUGAAACGAUUGAACAUCAGCUUACAUGGAUUCCAUUUAAUCAAGAUUUCACUUUCUUGAACCCUGGAACUGUUUUUCUUUGCUUGGAUAUAACAAAGCCUUUAGAAAUAGUGUCAAAAGAAACUAUUUCCCUUCUGUUACUUGGUCGUUCCCAGACUUUAGACAGAGGGGUCACCUCGACCACCCCCGAAAAAAAGCGUAUAUAGCCACCGAUGGGCUUCCUAAAACCAAAAGGUGGAUAAACUUCAGAAUUUUGUCUACAGUCAGGUUGGGAUUCAAAACUGUGGCUAUUUGUAAGUCUCAAAAUUGCUAUCCUACUUCCCAUCUUAACUACCAUUUUUAUAUUUUAUGGAGGUUAGUUAUGCAGAACAUUAUAGCUUUCCUUCCCUUCAAAAGUGACAUGGAAGAUUCCAGAGAGUCCAGAGCAGCUCUUGUACUCCAAAGAACAAAUAUGCCAGUGAUGUUGGGGUCACCUGAUACAAUAGGAUGUCAUAUGGGGAAGUUUAGGAGUCCGUUUACCAAGUGGUUUGGUGAUAGCUCCUGGAACAGCAUUUUUAUUCCUAAUUUGAAAGAAAACGGAUGAAGUUGUCAAUUUUCCCCACUCCCAGGUGUGGUUACAGGAGGCCUUCAAAGGUGGAAGAUAGAAUGGCAGGAGCUGUGGCCUGAGCUCAGGGCCAAGUGGCCCCCAAGUACGCUCUGUGGUGUGGGUGUUGGAACAUGGAUAGACGUGGCUCUCUAGUGUCCUAAAUCUGUGUGGUGGUUUUCAAGACAAAGUCUCUCUGAUAAUCCUUAGAUUUCACAGGACACUCUUUGGCCCACCUCAGAGCACCUGCUGCUGGUCUUGUGCUAUCACUGUAAAGUAGGUUAUAAACAUUAACUGUGACAGGGGAAGAAUUGAAAGCCCAGAGGACUUUGAUUUGACUGAGAUCAGACAAUUGAAUUUUGGCCUUUUUCCUCUUGGUGUGACUUAGUUUGCAGACUUGGGUAAAAUAAUUUUUUUGAUGAGUCCCAUCUCGUCAAUAAAAGGGAAAUGGCAAUUACCUCCUUAGUCUGCAGAGAAGUCACUGAUGGUUUAUCAGGUUCUCUAAGGUGCUCACAUCAAGGAGGAUUUCAAAAAUGUCAGCUAGCUCUGCUUAGCGGACAGUAAGUAAUAAGAUGGCCUACACUGAAAAUUACAAAGUUCAGUGGUUUUAAAUUUUGAAACAGACUGAGCACAUAAACUUCUGUAAAUAAAACGGUAAUACCAAAUACUUGGUUACGUAAGCAAGCAGUCUUAUCGCCUGUUUAACAAGUUCAAGGAACAAUAUUCUUCAGACUGUCCAUUUUUGGAAGGCAGAAAAUAGCAUCCUAAAAUGACAUCUGAACACUCGCUUUAUUCUUGAUAAACCGAUUGUGAUGAAUAACCACUAAAUAAAAAGAUAGUGGGGAGUCAUUCUAAGAGUUGUACACAGCUUUAUUUUUUGGAAUUGCAAUGUUAAACGCACUUUAAGUGGUACCUGUGGAGGUGGGCUAGUGGAUGGUGCCUGGACUGGGGCAUUCAGAGAUCUGAGUUUAUUCUAAGACCCACUUCAUAUCUUUCUAGAUCUGCAGUACAAAGGCAUAAAACCAUUCUGAUCUCGAAGCAAGUUGUUACAUAUACAUAGAAAAACAGACCACAAGUAUGUACAUGUUUUGAUAUCUUGAAAUAAAGGUAACUGAGUUAAA